CAAAGCAAACCCUAGAUCAUCAUCGGCAAUUCUUCCACUGACGGCGGCGGAUCUCUCAAUCUCCGUAACACUCUGGUGUGCAAUGGCCGAGCAUUUAGCUUCAAUCUACGGCACCGAGAAGGACAGAGUGAACUGCCCUUUCUACAACAAGAUGGGCGCGUGCCGUCACGGUGACCGCUGCUCUCGAAUCCACAACCGCCCCGCCAUCUCCCCUACCCUCCUCCUCGCCAACAUGUACCAGAGACCCGACAUGAUCACCCCCGGAGUCGACGCUCAGGGCCAGCCUCUCGACCCGCGCAAGAUCCAAGAGCAUUUCGAGGAUUUCUUCGAGGAUCUAUUCGAGGAGCUCGGGAAGUUUGGAGAGAUUGAGAGUCUCAACAUUUGUGAUAAUCUCGCUGACCACAUGAUUGGGAACGUGUAUGUUCAGUUUAAGGAGGAGGACCAGGCUGCUGCUGCGUUGCGGGCUUUGCAAGGUAGGUCUUACUUGGGCCGGCCCAUUAUCGGGGAGUUCUCUCCUGUGACGGAUUUUAGGGAGGCGACGUGUAGGCAGUAUGAGGAGGAGAACUGCAGCCGUGGUGGGUAUUGUAACUUUAUGCACGUGAAGCUUGUUUCGAGGGAGAUGAGGAGGAAGCUCUUUGGGAGGAGGUCGUACCGGAGGGGGAGCAGGAGUAGGAGUAUAAGUCCCAGGGGCAGGAGAGAGUAUGGCCGACGUGGUGGUGAUCGUGAUCCUCCUCGCAGGGAGUUUAAUCACCGGGACAGGGAUGGGGAGUUUUACCGGCAUGGAAGUGGGAAGAGGUCGGAGAGAGGAGGCAGGGACAGGGACGGUUCAAGGAGGAGAGAGAGAAGCCCUGGUGGUGGGAGAGAAGGAAGCGAGGAGAGGAGGGCGAGGAUUGAGCUGUGGAACAGAGAACGUGAGGAGAAGGAAGAGGAAGCAUAACUCGAAUUGUAGCUGCUGCAAUGUGGUUGGUUCUGCUGUCUGCUUUUCUCUGCGUUUGCUGAAUCAUUUGGUUGUUCUAAUUUGGUAACUUGAAAUGAGUCCUUUAUAUUAUAAAAAAUAUGUUGGGGUUGGUUUCUUGUAGUCCCCUUGUUAGUGAUCCUCUUCACCAAUGUCCUUUCAGAACUUUGUGAAAAAGAGUUUAGUUUUCUCCUUUCUUCAUCAACUCUUAA